AUUCAAGAAAAUGGCCGUCGAGAAACCACAAGAAAUGACCGGCGAAAUAAACUCCGGCGGAUAUUUAAAGAACAAAGACGUCAACAGAACAAAGCAUCCGUCGAUAGACACAAACGAUAGCUCUUCGAGUAGGUACUCGGUCGAUUCUGACAAACCAAGAACCGGACCACAGCCGGGGACUUACGUCAUCGAAAUCCGUAAGGAUGAGAUUUACCGCGUUCCACCGCCGGAAAAUGCUCACCGUUAUGAGUACCUCUCCCGCCGGAAAACAAAACAAUCGCAUUGCCGGCGGUGUUUCUGUUACUCCCUCGCUGCAUUACUCAUCCUCCUCUUCCUCGCGGCGCUUGUCCUCGGAGUUCUCUUCCUCGUUUACGGUCCGCAUAAGCCACGGUACUCCGUGAGUACACUCACCGUCACCGGAAUCAAUCUGACGUCAUCGUCUCCUAUCUCUCCGGUGUUCGGAGUCAAGUUGCGAUCUCAGAACGUUAACAGCAAGCUCGUUUUAAUCUACGGUUUAGGGAGCGAAGCUGAGGUUUUUUACGACGGGAUCAAGCUUGGCAACGGCGAGUUCACGGCGUUUAAGCAGCCGGCGAAUAAUGUAACGUUGAUUGAGACGGUGUUAAAGGGGUCGAGUAUUCAGUUAACGAGCUCGUCGCGUGAAGAGCUGACGAAAUCACAGAAGAAAAGAAAAGUACCGUUUGGGAUCAAAAUCAAAGCGCCGGUUAAGUUUAAGGUUGGCGCCGUUACGACGUGGACGAUGACCGUUAAGGUGGAUUGCGAAAUAACAGUGGAUAAACUAACGGCAUCGGCAACUGUGAUAACGGAAAAUUGCGAUACUCGUUUGAGCCUGUUAUGGUGA